GGCUGUCAGCUCCAACGAACCCAUCAUAACCAUUCCAACACAUAGAACACUCAUCAAUUUUUUGUAUAAUUUAGCAGGUUUCGUCAGUUGAGCCGCAUCCUUUUUUUACAAAAAUUCAACAAUAGCCGCUAAAAAUUUGCACUAAAGACACUGGAUAUAUCCACUGAUUAUUUGCGGAUAGCCAGUAAUGGCAUCACCCGGUAAGAGCAAUGGUAUCAGCACCAAGAUCACCACCGUGGUGGCCACCAACGCCUACGGGCCGGACGUCAUGAGCGAGAUCAGUUACACGGACAGCAAGGUAGUCGGCAACGGCAGCUUUGGCGUGGUCUUUCAAGCCAAGAUGGUUCCUUCCAACGAGCCGGUGGCCAUUAAGAAAGUGCUCCAGGACCGGCGUUUCAAGAAUCGAGAGCUGCAGAUCAUGCGGAAGCUGCGACACGAAAAUAUAGUCACCCUCAAGUUCUUCUUCUACUCCAGUGGCGAGAAGCGGGACGAAGUUUACCUUAACCUCGUGAUGGAAUUCCUGCCGGAGACGCUCUACAAGGUGGAGCGCCAGUAUGCCCGGGCUAAGCAGACGCUGCCGGUGAACUACGUCCGCCUGUACAUGUACCAGCUCCUGCGGAGCAUGGCCUAUUUGCAUAGCCUGGGCUUCUGCCACCGGGACAUCAAGCCGCAGAACAUGCUACUGGAUUCCGAGUCCGGUGUCCUAAAGCUCUGCGAUUUUGGCAGUGCCAAGCAGUUGAUCUCCGGAGAACCGAACGUAUCGUACAUCUGCUCUAGGUACUACAGGGCACCCGAGCUGAUCUUUGGCGCCACAGACUACACCACCAAGAUCGAUCUAUGGAGUGCGGGCUGCGUGCUGGCCGAGCUUCUUCUGGGCCAGCUUAUCUUCCCCGGAGAUUCUGGGGUUGAUCAAAUCGUGGAAAUUGUAAAAGUGAUGGGCACUCCCACUGCCGAGCAACUGCACGACAUGAAUCCCCACUACAAGCAGUUCAAGCUGCCCCAGUUGAAGCCGCACCCAUGGGCCAAGGUAUUUCGGAUCCGCACUCCAGCCGAGGCCAUUGACCUGGUCUCCAAAAUGCUCAUAUACUCGCCCAACCAGCGGGUCUCGCCCUUGAUGGGCUGUGCACAUCCCUUCUUCGAUGAGCUUCGCCAGGAUCCCAACCAGCAACUGCCAAAUGGCCGACCCAUCCCGCCGCUAUUUAACUUUACGGAGUACGAGCGGACCAUCGAGCCGGAGGCCAUGCCGCUCCUGCAUCCGCGGCCUGCUGGUGCCAUGCAUGGGUCCACCCAGAGUGCUGCGUAUCGAAACCGGAAUACUGCCGGCGAGGAGAGCCCACGAAAGAUGAGUUCGGUGCAAAAGCAAGCCGGCGGACUUCAUCGCGAAACCGCCCCGGGAGGCUCUGGCAAGGUGAUGGGGACCCUGCCGCUCGUUCAUCGACACGAGGUGGGAAACGGCGACCACCUGGCAGUGGGCGAAGCACAAAUGGAAACCUUCAACGUGGAACAGGAUGAAUACGCUGAAAGCGAGGUGGAGGCAGAGGAGGGUGUGGACGAUGAGGCAGAUUUGGUUGAGGAUGCGGUGGACGAGAACGACUACGACGACGACGAUGUGCAGUUCAACAGCGCGGAUAGCAAUACCGCUAGCGAGGACAUGGACGAGGCAUCCGAUGAAGAGGACCUUGAGGAGGAGGAGGAUUGCGACUAGGACCUAAAAUGUGGUUUAACUUACAUCGUUUCCAUUUCAUUUUUAUUUACAAGAUCCUCGUCAAAGUCGUCACCAAGAACCCAGAACAGACCAAUAGAAACCAUUAAUUAGUACCUUAAGUAAAACUAAAAG